UUUAUAUAGGCUCCAACAGCAGCUCCAGGCGUUCAGCACUGGGCCAGCUCCAGCACCAUGGCUUUCUCCUGGCAGGCAGUGCUGGCCUGCAGGAAAUAUCUCAUCAUCGUCCUGGUGCCCCUCGUGUUCCUCCCUCUGCCUCUGGUGCUGCCUACCAAGGAGGCACUAUGUGGCUAUGUGAUCAUAGUGAUGGCACUUUUCUGGUGCACAGAAGCUCUGCCUUUGGCUGUCACAGCUCUCCUGCCCGUCCUGCUGUUCCCAAUGAUGAAUAUCAUGGAUUCAACAACAGUCUGUCAGGAGUACCUGAAGGACACCAACAUGCUCUUUUUGGGGGGCCUGAUGAUGGCCAUUGCCAUCGAGAGCUGGAACCUGCACAAGCGAGUGGCUCUGAGGGUCCUGCUCAUCACUGGAGUCAGGCCAGCCCUGCUCCUGAUGGGUUUCAUGGUGGUGACAGCCUUCCUGUCCAUGUGGAUCAGCAACACAGCCACCACUGCCAUGAUGCUCCCCAUUGCACAGGCCGUGAUGGAGCAGCUCAGCAGGUCAGAGGCCGAGUCUGGCCCCACUGGCCAAGGGUCUGAACACACCAACAAAGCCUUUGAGCUGCAGGAAAAGGCACCUGACACCUUCAAAGAACCAGAGGAAAAAGGUAAUUCUCAUGUGCUGACAGUUGAGGAAGAGACAAAUCGAGACGAAAUUGAGAAGAAACACAAGAGUCUCUCCAAGGGAAUGUCCCUCUGUAUUUGUUACUCGUCCAGCAUUGGAGGGAUCGCCACUCUGACUGGGACAACACCAAACCUGGUGCUGCAAGGACAAGUGAAUGACAUCUACCCAGACAACGGUGGCAUCAUCAACUUUGCCUCCUGGUUCUCCUUUGCCUUCCCCACCAUGCUGGUGCUGCUGAUCUUGGCGUGGUUUUGGCUGCAGAUCCUGUACCUGGGCUUCAAUUUUAAGAAGAAUUUUGGUUGUGGUGCCAGCCCUGCUGCCAAGGCUAAGGAGCAGCAGGCCUAUGAAAUCAUCAAGGAGGAGAGCAAGAAACUGGGCAAAAUGAAAUUUGCAGAAAUAGAAGUUUCCAUCCUCUUCAUUCUCCUGGUGGUUCUGUGGUUUACGAGAGAACCUGGGUUCAUCCCAGGCUGGGCAACAGUUCUCUUCAACAAAGAUAACACAAGCUAUGUCACCGAUGCUACAGUCGCCCUCUUCAUUUCAAUUUUGCUCUUCAUCCUCCCUUCUGGCAUUUCCAGCCAGGACACAGAUGAAGAGCAAACAGGGGGCAGAGCGAAGUUCCGGGCGCCCCCAGCCCUCCUGGACUGGAGGGUGAUUCAGGAGAAGAUGCCGUGGAACAUCGUGUUCCUGCUGGGAGGCGGCUUCGCCCUGGCCAAGGGCAGUGAGGAGUCUGGUCUGUCGGAGUGGCUGGGCACCAAGCUGACCCCUCUGCAGAGCAUCCCUCACCCGGCCAUCGCCUUCCUGCUGUGCCUGCUCAUCGCCACCUUCACCGAGUGCACCAGCAACGUGGCCACCACCACGCUCUUCCUCCCCAUCCUGGCCUCAAUGGCUGAAGCAAUUUGCCUCAACCCUCUCUAUGUCAUGCUGCCCUGCACACUCUCUGCAUCGCUGGCCUUCAUGCUCCCGGUGGCAACUCCUCCCAAUGCCAUUGUCUUCUCCUAUGGACAGCUCAGGGUUAUUGAUAUGGCCAAAGCUGGGUUUGUACUCAACAUUCUGGGAGUUCUGACCAUAACUCUGGCCAUCAACACCUGGGCUUCAUCCUUGUUCCAGCUGCAAACGUUCCCAUCGUGGGCAAACAGGACAGGGACCUGCCUGUGACCUGGGGAGGAGGCAGAGCAGGACUCCUCCUCCAGAGCUGCGAGGGGAGCAGCACCAUCACCCCCAGGGGCACAAAGAGACUUUAGAGAAAAGCCUGUUCUGGGGGAAAGGACAAGUAAAAUCCUCCCACUGACAGCAGCAGUGAAAUUGCCCGGUGGCUGCUGAGUUUUGCCACCCCAGCAGGAGGACGAGGUGACUUUUGGCUUUCCAGCCCUCCCACCUUUAGAUUUCCUGCCUCUGCAGGGGUUUUCCCCCAGUGCUUUUCCAGUAAGUCUGAAACCUGUAGUAAGACAAAAAAGGGAGAGGUGUGAGCACAGAAAAGGAAGGAGAGAGACUCUGAGUUCCUCUGUGCUGUCACAGCUCUCCACUGUAUAUGUGUAAAUGUUCAAGGUGUACAUGAUUAUUAUAUACUCUGUGGGCACUGACAGCAAGCUGUGUGUUGUGUGAUCACAGAAGAAUCACUGUCAGCCCAUCCCAUAUUUAUUUGCAAUCCUUUUUUUAGGAAUGUAAAAGAUUAUUUUUCUCCCAGAACACCCACCCCGCUGUUAUUUAUGUCAGAUUACAGCCUGCAAGUUCAUAAUAAGAUAUUUCCUUGAAAAGGAGAGAAUCCCUGUGUCCUAAAAUAUAUAUGAUUGAAUUAAAGAUUUUUUUUUUAAUGUA